UUUUUUUUUUUUUGACUUUUCGUUCAUCACUCACCCUAUCUUCGUAUUUGAACUCUCUACCCCGGAGACGGAGAGAUCUGAUCUUUUCCCCAAUUCGAAAACUCCCCCAAAAGAAAAAAAUGGAAGAGAUCGCCGAUCAAACCUUCUUCCGCUACUGUCUCCUCACCCUAAUUUUCUCCGGUCCACCGACCGCCGUCGCUCUCAAAUUCCUCCAAGCUCCUUACGGCAAACACAACCGUACCGGAUGGGGUCCGUCGGUAUCUCCGCCGAUUGCUUGGUUCCUCAUGGAGAGCCCGACCUUGUGGCUAACGCUCCUUGUCUUCCCCUUUGGUCGUCACGCUCUCAAUCAUAAGUCUCUCAUCUUAAUCUCUCCUUAUCUCAUCCAUUACUUCCACCGCACCAUCCUUUACCCUCUUCGUCUCCUCCGCAGCUCCUCCUCUGGAAAAAGUGGUUUUCCGAUCAGUAUCGCCGCCAUGGCUUUCACCUUUAAUCUCCUCAACGCUUAUAUCCAGGCGAGGUGGGUUUCUCACUACAAGGACGACUACGAAGACGGACUGUGGUUCUGGUGGCGGUUUAUUAUUGGUUUGGUGGUUUUUGUAGCCGGUAUGUGGAUUAACAUCACGUCAGACCGGACUUUGGUACGAUUGAAGAAAGAGAACCGUGGAGGCUAUGUGAUACCGAGAGGAGGAUGGUUCGAGCUUGUAAGCUGCCCGAAUUACUUUGGAGAAGUCGUCGAAUGGUUGGGCUGGGCUGUCAUGACUUGGUCUUGGGCCGGUAUUGGUUUUUUUCUGUACACUUGUUCCAAUUUGAUCCCGCGCGCACGUGCGAGUCACAAGUGGUAUAGUGACAAGUUCAAGGACGAGUAUCCCAAGACUCGAAAAGCUGUUAUUCCUUUUGUGUACUGAAAAUACGAUAUGUCAUGUUUAUGUCUCAACUUUAUAUAGUGAAUUUGUUCCAAAAUGUUCAGUAAUUUGGUUUAGAUUCU